UUCCUCUGGAAAUGGCCGCGCCGGGGAGCACCGUCCGCCCCGCGCCCCGAGGCCCGUCGGCGUAGGGCGGCCGCGGGGCCGCGGGCCCCCCCCGAGGGACGCCGGAGGCAGAAUGGACGAGCAGCAGCCGCCCAGUGAGGAGAAGGAUGCGGCUGCGCCGGCUGAUGGGGCCGUGGCCGCAGAGGAGAUGGGCAGUGCCGAGGGGGACCCCCUGAAACCCCCCGAAGGAGCCUCCACGGGGCCGGAGCCGGAGGGCACGGAGAGCACGGACACGCAGGGACCGCCCCAGGCCAGCAGCCCCCCCCUGCGCCGCUGUGCCCUCUGCAACUGUGGGGACUGGAGCCCGCACGGGCAGCGGGAGCUGCAGCGCUUUGAGCCUGCGCCCGACUGGCGCCAGCGGCUGCAGGGGCACGAGCCCCCUGAGGGGCCUGAGCAGGGACCCCCGGAGCUGCAGCCGGAGCCACUGGGGGAUGACCCGGCCCAAGUCGGCUUUACAGAGGGGGUGACACUGGCACAGCUCUUCGAGCCCACGGGGCACUGCUGGGUGCAUCGCUGCUGCGCAGCCUGGGCAGGGGGUGCGGAGCAGGAGCCGGGAGCUGUGGACAGAGCCGUUUUCUCAGGGAUCUCACAGCAAUGUGAACACUGCCGGCGGUGGGGGGCCACCAUCCCGUGCCGGGCCAGCGCCUGCCGCCGCCUCUACCACUUCCCCUGCGCCACCGCCAGCGGCUGCUUCCAGUCCAUGGAGACCCUGCGGCUCCUGUGUCCCGAGCACGUGGCCGAGGCGCUGCAGAUGGAGGAUGUGCUGUGCCCGGUGUGUGCGGGGCCGGGGGACCUGCGGGACCUGGUGCUCUGCACCGGCUGCGGGCAGCACUACCACGGGCGCUGCCUGGACAUCACCCUCACCCCCAGCAAGCGCACGGGGUGGCAGUGCCCCCAGUGCAGAGUGUGCCAGGCCUGCAGGCAGCGCAGUGACGACUCUAAGCUGCUGGUGUGCGAGGGCUGUGACAGGGGCUGCCACGUGUCCUGCAUGGAGCCGGCUGACGAGGGCUCCCCCCCUGCCUCCUGGAAGUGCACGAGCUGCCGGGUGUGCUCGGAGUGCGGGCGGCGUGCGGCGGCGCUGGAGCCCGGCUCCCGCUGGUACCGGGGCUUCUCAGUGUGCGAGAGCUGCCACCAGCACCGAGCCACCAGCGGGGCCGCAGGGACCGCACCGGAGCCCCCCGCCCUGAUGUUGGUGUCCCCCGAACGCAGUGAGGUGAUGGAUGUGCCCGGCCCCAGCCCUGAGCCAGAGCCUGUGGGGUGCGAUGAGGAGGCACAGGCAGGGGGGGACCCCAAAGUGGGACCCCCAGGCGAUGGCGGGGCCCCUCCUGGCGAGCUGACCUCUGUGGAGAUGCCCCACAAUGAACUGCCCCCUGAGGAGCCCCCCCCGGACGUGCAGCCCCCCCCGGACGUGCAGCCCCCCCCGGACGUGCAGCCCCCCCCGGACUUGCAGCCCCCCGAGGAGCCCCCUCCUCUCGUGCUGCCUCCCACUGAGCCACCCCCUGAGGAGCUGUCCCUUGAGCAACCAGCCCUUGAGGCUCCCAUUGACAGACCCCCCCUGGAGGAGCUGCCCCCCAGUGAACCGCCCCCCAAUGAGCCUCCUCUUGAGCUGCCCCCCAAAGUGCCCCCUGAAAUCCCCCUCUUGGACGAGCUCCCCCCCAGAAUCCCCCCCUUGGACGAGCUGACCCCUGAAAUCCCUGUCCUGGACCAGCUACCCCCUGAUCAAUCACUGCUUGAGGAGUCCCCCCCUGAGGAGCUGCCCCCCAAGAAACCUCUUGAGAAGUUUCCCUCUCAUGAACCACUUCUUGCGGAGCCCCCCCCGGACAAGGUGCUCCCCAACACCCCCUCCCCUGAGGAUCCUCCCCCCGCUGAGCUGCCCCCCGAAGAGCAGCUCCCCAGUGAGGAGCUGCCCCCCGAGGAGGACCCGGCACCACCAGGUCUCCUCCCCGAGGUGCCUGUGGCAGAGGAGGCCCCAGCGCUGGCCCGGGAGGUGCCCCCUGAGGAGGAGAUGGAGCUGGAGCUGGAGCCGCUGCAGCCCCUGGAGCUGGCCCCUCCACUGCCGGCCCCCCCCGAUCUCCGCGCCGUCUCACCUGCCCCCCCCGCAGACCCCUCCCCUGCUGGCAACGAGGAUGAGGAGCCUGAGCGCCCCCCCCCAGCGCUGCCUGAGCCCCCCGGCAGCCCCCCGGCCAUGGACACAGAGCCCCCUGCUUCCCCACCGCCCCCCCUGGGCUCCUCCACCUGUGCCCCGGCCCCCGCUGAGCCCCCCGAGGAUGAGGAGAUGGAGAUGGGCGGUGGUGAGGGGGGGUCUCCAGACAGCCCCCCCGGAGAACCCCCCCGGAGCAGCCCAGCCCCGGAGCUGGGGCCCUACCCCGGGCUGCCUGCAGAGGAGGAGGAGGAGGAGGAGGAGGAGGAAGCACCGAGGCUGGAGCGGGAGGGCACCAGCGGCAGCUCCCCCCCGCUGAGCGAGGAGGAGGUGCUGGAGGAAGGCAGGGCCAGGGGGGACCCCGAGGCCAAGGACUCCCCCUUGCUCCUGGAGCCGGAGGAGCUGCGGCCCGAGACCCCCAUGGAGGUGUGCGCGGCUGGGGCCAAGCUGGACCGCGGGGAUGAGGGCAGUGCUGAACCCCCGACCCUGCGCCCGCGCCCCGACAUCCUCAAUGAGAUCUCCAACCUGAGCCAGGGCGACACGAGCAGCAGCUUCCCUGGCUCCGAGCCCCUGCUGGGCUCCCCGGACCCCGAGGGUGCCGGGUCCCUGUCCCUGGAGCUGGGCCCGGCCUCGGCCGACACCAGCCUGCAGAAGGAGGACGCGGGCUCACUGCCGCUGGGCGCUGAGACCGAUGAUUCGCUGCUCUUCGAGCCUGCAGCCAAAGGGGACGGGGACAAGAGCCGGCGCCGCAGCUCCCCGGGGCGCUCCCGUGUCAAGCAGGGUCGCAGCAGCAGCUUCCCCGGGAGGAGGCGGCCCCGAGGUGGGUCUCACGGCGCCCGGGGCCGGGGCCGUGCACGCCUGAAGUCAACCACAUCAUCUGUUGACACCUUAGCACUCGCCGAUGUGGAGAGCUCACCCAGCAAGGAGGAGGAUGAGGAUGAUGAUGACACGAUGCAGAAUACGGUUGUCCUCUUCUCCAACACCGACAAGUUCGUGCUCAUGCAGGACAUGUGUGUGGUGUGCGGCAGCUUCGGGCGUGGGGCCGAGGGGCACCUCCUCGCCUGCUCCCAGUGUUCCCAGUGCUAUCACCCUUACUGCGUCAACAGCAAGAUCACGAAGGUGAUGCUGCUGAAGGGCUGGCGCUGUGUGGAGUGCAUCGUGUGUGAGGUGUGUGGCAAAGCCUCCGACCCCUCGCGCCUGCUGCUCUGCGACGACUGCGACAUCAGCUACCACACGUACUGCCUGGACCCACCACUGCAGACCGUGCCCAAGGGUGGCUGGAAGUGCAAGUGGUGUGUGUGCUGCGUGCAGUGCGGGGCAGCAUCCCCCGGCUUCCACUGCGAGUGGCAGAACAACUACACCCACUGCGCGCCCUGUGCCAGCCUCGUCGUCUGCCCCUUCUGCCGCCAGAAGUACGUGGAGGAUGAUCUGCUCAUCCAGUGCCGCCACUGCGACCGGUGGCUUCAUGCGGCGUGUGACAGCCUCUUCACCGAGGAGGAGGUGGAGCAGGCUGCGGAUGAAGGCUUCGACUGCAGCGCCUGCCAGCCCUAUGUGGUCAAACCGGCUGCACCCACAUCUCCCACAGAGGCUGCUUUGGUCAAGGCAAAAGAACCAGAGCCGCAGUAUUUCCGCUUUGAGGGUGUGUGGCUGACGGAGACGGGCAUGGCCGUGCUGCGCAACCUCUCCCUGUCCCCCCUGCACAAGCGGCGCCAGCGCAAGGGCCGCCCGGGCGCCCUCAAUGGCGACGGGGGCCUGGAGGGGAGUGAACCCCUGGGCCCUGAUGACAAGAAGGAUGGAGACCUGGAUGCUGAGGAGCUGCUCAAGGCUGAAGUGGGUGUGGAGCACAUGGAGUGUGAGAUCAAGCUGGAGGCUGCGGCAAGCCCUGACCGUGACAUUGGGGCUGAUGUGGACUCGGGGAAGGGGCUGGAGGACCCGGAGGAGUGCAAGAAGAGGAAGCGCAAACCCUAUCGGCCAGGCAUCGGCGGGUUCAUGGUGCGGCAGCGCAAGUCCCACAUGCGCCUCAAGAAGGUCUCGGCGGUGUUGGCUGAAGUGGGGCGUGAGGGGCUGAGCACUGAGGGGCACCCAGAGGAUGGGGCUCCCGGUGACCUCCCGGCUGAGGGUGGCCUGGACCCCGGUUCAGGAGAGGGGGACGAGAAGAAGAAGCGCCGGGGAAGGAAGAAGAGCAAGUUGGAGGACAUGUUUCCCCCAUACCUGCAGGAGGCGUUCUUUGGGAAGGCGCUGAUGGACCUGAGCCGCCGGGCGCUGCUGGCAGCGGGGGGCGUGGGGGACGGCGCUGCCCGCCCCUCCCUGGGCCAGGGCCCCCCACGGCACAAGGGGGACCCCAGCCUGGCUGGGGCGCUGCAGGGAGCCCCCCACGACCGGAGGGAGCCUCCGGUGCACCCCCGAGGGGACGACAGCACCGACGGCAGCGCUGCGGCUCCCGAGGAUGAGGGCAAAGAGGAGCCCAAGGGCGAGGAGCUGGGCACUGACGAGCCCAAGGACUCCCCGGACCCCGGGGACACGGAGAAACCAGCGACCCCCGGGGAGGGAGCACUCAGCUCCGACCUGGACAAGAUCCCUACGGAAGAGCUGCCCAAGAUGGAGAGCAAGGACGUGCAGCAGCUCUUCAAGGACGUGCUGGGCUCGGCGGAGCGCGGGGAGCAGCCCCUCAACUGUGUGGCUGCUGCAAUGGAGAGCGGAGGUGUGGGGCAGGAGCCCGGCCGAGCACAGCGCCCCUUCCUGCAGGGAGACCUCCAGCUGUCGGGGCAGGGGAGUGUUUCCCUGGGCUCUCUCUCUGGAUCUGUGUCCCUGGAUUCAUACCCGGGAGUCUGCCAGUCCCCAUUCCUCGACAGCAGGGAGCGAAGCGGCUUCUUCAGCCCCGACCACUGCGAGCCUGAGAGCCCCUGGGCCAGCAGCUCAGCUGCCACCACCCCCUCGACACCCACAACACCCACGACGGAGGGCGAGGGGGACGGCUUGUCCUACAACCAGCGCAGCCUCCAGCGCUGGGAGAAGGACGAGGAGCUGGGGGAGCUCUCCACCAUCUCACCUGUGCUCUACGCCAACAUGAACUUCCCCAACCUCAAGCAGGAUUAUCCAGACUGGUCGAGCCGUUGCAAACAGAUCAUGAAGCUCUGGAGGAAGGUCCCUGCCACAGACAAAGCUCCCUAUUUGCAAAAGGCCAAAGAUAACCGGGCGGCUCAUCGCAUCAACAAGGUGCAGAAGCAGGCUGAGAGCCAGAUCAACAAGCAGACCAAAGGGGAGGGACUGCGCAAGCCGGAGCGGCCCUCACUGCACCUGCGGAUCCCGGUGCCGCCGGGCACGCAGCCCGUCUACAUCGGCAGCCCCCCCCCCGGCGCCGGCGAGGGCUUCCUGAAGCCCCCCCCGGGGGCCGGAGCGGGGCCGGAGUCUCCCAGCGAGCUCUUCCUGAAGCUGCCCCCCCAGUCCCCUGCCCAAGUGCCUUCGCAUGAGCCCUAUGGAGCGGCCCCUGCUUACGCGCUGGAGCCGCGCUUCCCCUCGCCCCUGGGCCAGAGCCCCACGGCGGGUGCUGCCUUCCAGCCCUUCCCCAGCCAGCCCCAGCCCCGCUCCGGGCCCCCCGACUUCCACCCCACGCCACCCGGCACCCCCCGGCACCAGCCCGGCACCCCCGACCCUUUCCUCAAGCCCCGGUGCCCCUCCUUGGACAACCUCUCGGUGCCGGGGAGCCCCGGGGCACGGCCCCCCGAGGCCCUGCUCUCUCCCUUGCCUUUCGGGGAGCAGAAGAAGGGGCUGGAGGUGAAGAAAGAGGAAGGGGGGGGCCUGGGCGUCUGCUCCCCUGGCUAUGCUCCCCCCAUAGGCUAUGGGGACUCCCCAGGAGGCCCCCACCUCUCUGCUGCGGAGCUGAAGGGAGCUGAUGUCUUCAAAGCCCCCAUGACCCCCCGGGUGCCGCAGGUGGAGCCGCAGAGCCCGGGGCUGGGGCACCGGCCCCCAGACCCCCACCCACUGGCCCCUUCCCCCCCAUCAAACCCCGAGCUCUAUCGGCAGUCCCCCUACCUGGACCCCUAUGCGCAGCCCCCGCUGACGCCGCGGCUGCAGCCCCCGGACGCCUGCUGCGCGCUCCCCCCCCGCUCCCUGCCCUCCGAGCCCUUCUCCCGUGUCCCUGCCAGCCCCCAGUCCCAGUCCAGCUCCCAGUCCCCACUCACCCCCCGGCCCCUCUCCAAUGAAGCCUUUUGCCAGUCCCCCGUCACCCCCCGCUUCCAGUCCCCAGACCCCUAUUCCCAGCCGCCCUCCCGACCGCAGUCCCGUGAUCCCUUCACCCCCUUGCACAAGCCCCCCCGGCCCCAGAUGCCAGAGCCGGGGUUCAAGGCGGUGGCGGCACCUGGGGGGGGAUUUGGGGGCACCCCUGCUGGGGACCCCCACACCAAGGCACCGGCCGGGCAGCAGCCGCCCUUUGCCCGCUCCCCCGGUGCCAGCGUCUUCACCGGGGGGCAGCCCCCCAUGCGCUUCACCUUCCCCCCGGCUGUGCCGGAGCCCCUCAAGGGCUCCCCGUCCCACCAGCCCCAUGGGAUCAACAGCCAUUACGUCCCCAGCAAGCCCCAGAGCUCGGCCUAUGCCUCGUCCCCCGGCUUCCACCAAGCUGGGAGCCCGCUGGGGCCGGGUGCCACAGGCACCGACACCUACAGCCUGUCCCCGCUCCGUCCGCCCUCGGUGCUACCACAGCAGCCCCCGGCCACCCCCCAGCAGCAGGACCCCUCUGUCCCCUUCCUGCCCCGAGCUGCACUGGGGCCAGUGGGCGACAAGAGGGAGGAGGCAGCCGUGGGGCUCUCAGCCCCCCCAAACAGGGACCUGGCAGAGCUGCCCGGCAGCCAGGAUGGGCCCCUUGGCACCAUGAGCCACUCAGAGCUGGAGAAGCAGCGGCAGCGCCAGCGGCUCCGGGAGCUGCUCAUCCGGCAGCAGAUCCAGCGGAACAGCCUGCGGCAGGAGAAGGAGAGCGCGGCAGCGGCGGCAGCCACAGGCUCCCCGGCAGCUUGGGCACCCGAGGCCGGCAGCCAGGCCUUCGAGCUGAGCCGGGCCAUGGCCCCGUACCCAGCGGCACAGGACAAGAGCCUGCUGGGGACCCUGGCCACAGGCACCGGGAAGCUCCCCGGCUCCGUCAUGGUGCCAGCAGCAUUCCCGCAGGAUGAGCGGCUCUCACGGCCCCCGCCGGCGCCCACUCCGUCUGCUAUGGACAUCAAUGGGAGGGCAGCGGUGGGGCCCCCUCAAGGCUUCUACCCCCGCGGGGUGUUCCCGGCACCAUCCCCGCAGCAGCACCUCUGGCAGCAGCAGCAGCAGCAAGCGGCAGCCGCCACAGCCCUGCGGCUCCCGGUCACAUCCCGCUUCACCCCGCCGGGUGCCGGCAACACUGUGGGCAGCCUGGGUACCCGCGAUGCGGUGACCGCUGCGCCCAGCGCCAUGGGCGCCCCAUUCAUUGAGCUGCGCCACAACGUGCAGAAGGGAGCCGGGGGGGUCCUGGGCUCCCCCUUCCCGCAGCCGCCGCGGCCUCGCUUCUUCCUGCCCGGGGAGGAGAGCACGGCCUCGGGGCUCUGCGCCCCCGUUGUGCCCAUGCAGCCCCUGCCCGUGCUGCAGCCGCAGAAGGUGCCGGUGCUGCUGCCGCCCGCGUCACCGCAGGCAGCUGAGAUGGGCAACAGCCACCACCAGCCCCACGGCAAGGCAGCCGCACCACUGCCGGGCCCCAGCGUGGAGCUGCCUCAAGUCCCCUCGCGCCCGCUGUCCUCCGGCUCUGCCCUGCGCCCCGAUGCCCCCAAGGAUGCUCCCGCAGCCGAACCUGUGCUGGCUCCGGCCCCCGGGAAGAGCCACCUGAGCCUGGAGGGCGGGCGCCUGCCCUGCGAGGUGCCAGUGGAGCCCGACCUCGAUGAUGACUUUGGUUCCCACAAAGACCUGGAAGAUGACGAUGAUUUGGCCAACCUGAGCCUGGAUCCAGAUGUGGCCAAAGGGGACGAUGACUUGGACAACCUGGACAGCCUGGAAACAGCGGAUCCCCACCUGGAUGACCUGCUGAACGGGGAUGAGUUCGACCUCCUGGCCUACACCGACCCCGAGCUGGACACGGGGGAUAAGAAGGACAUCUUCAACGAGCAUCUGCGCCUGGUCGAGUCGGCCAAUGAGAAAGCCGAGCGGGAAGCCCAGCUUAAGAUGGAGCCACCAGCUCCCACCUUGAAGCUCCCUGACCCCGGGGAUGGCAAAGACUCGGCCGCAUCUGUGGAGGACCAGGAGGUGCCCAAGGAAGGGCUGGUGGGGCCUGGGGUGGGCCUGGGCUCUGCUCCCUGCCCUGCAGGCACCGCGGAGGUGAAGGUGGGCUCGCUGCCCUCUGACAUCAAGCCCAAGCUGGAGGACGGAUGCCUCAAGACCUCUCCCUGUCAGUUCACCACUGGCGGCCCCGAGCGGCUCCCGGUCAAGUCGGAGGCGCUGCAGGGCACGGACAAGAUCUCUGCCUCACUGGGGCUGAGCCUCAAGCCCAGCCAGAGCCUGCUGAGCCCCGGUACCGGCCCGGCGCGCCUCGGCGUGACCCAUUUCCCGAGCAGCGGCCACGCCGCGGUCCCCGCGCCGGAGAAGGACCCGUACGGCAGCCGGGGGCUGGCUCCUGCCCCGCUGGGCCCCCAGAGCAACCCCUUGCUGGAGAAGUUCGAGCUGGACAGCGGGGCCCUGGGGCUGGGCAGUGCCCGGCACUCGCCGGCCGAUGACCUGGACAAGAUGGAGAGCUCGCUGGUGGCCAGUGAGCUGCCGCUGCUCAUCGAGGACCUGCUGGAGCACGAGAAGAAGGAGCUGCAGAAGAAGCAGCAGAUGUCAGCGCACCUGCCCCGGGGCACCCCGCACCUCCCGGGGCACCCCCUGCUGCACCCCACACAGCCCCCCGAGGGGCAGCCCCCGCGCCUGGGCACCCCGCAGCCCCCGCUGCAGCUGGGCAUGGUGGCCAGGCCCCCGCUGAUGCCGGCGCAGCCACCCCGGCUCGGUGCCCCACAGCAGGGCCCGGCGCUGGCCCCGCACAUGGGCAUGGCCCCCACGCAGCCCCACGUGCUGGCAGCCCCCCAUGGUGUGCAGGUGGCCCUGGCGCCGCCGCAGCAGCAGCAGGGCCAGCAGCAAGUGCUGGUGCAGAAGCCCAUGGCUGGGGUGCAGCCGCCUGCCCUGGGCAUGAAGCCCCCCCAGCUCGUCAUGCAGCAGCAGUUGGCCAACAGCUUCUUCCCAGACACAGACCUGGACAAAUUUGCAGCCGAGGACAUCAUGGACCCCAUUGCCAAGGCCAAGAUGGUGGCACUGAAGGGCAUCAAGAAAGUGAUGGCUCAGGGCAGCAUCGGGGUGGCCCCGGGCAUGAACAGGCAACAGGUUUCUCUGCUGGCCCAGCGGCUCUCGGGGGGCCCAUCUGUCUCUGAGAUGCAGAAUCAUUUGCUGACAGGGAGCGGACAAGAGCGGAGCAGCGCAGACCCAGCCCAGGCUCGCCCCAACCCACCCACCUUCGCGCAGGGCGUCAUCAACGAGGCAGACCAGCGGCAGUACGAGGAGUGGCUGUUCCACACGCAGCAGCUCCUGCAGAUGCAGCUGAAGGUGCUGGAGGAGCAGAUCGGGGCGCACCGCAAGUCUCGCAAAGCCCUGUGUGCCAAGCAGCGCACGGCCAAGAAAGCCGGGCGUGAGUUCCCCGAGGCCGAUGCUGAGAAGCUGAAGCUGGUGACGGAGCAGCAGAGCAAGAUCCAGAAGCAGCUGGACCAGGUUCGGAAGCAGCAGAAGGAGCACACCAACCUCAUGGCCGAGUACCGCAACAAGCAGCAGCAGCAGCAGCACCAGGCCUCAGCCGUGAUGGCUCUGAGCCCCUCGCAGAGCCCCCGUCUCAUGUCCAAGCUCCCUGGGCAGCUGCUCUCGGCACACGGCGUCCAGCAGACUGUGGGGACUGUGGUGGGUGCCCAAGGCCUCGGCCAGCAGCCAGGGCAGCCGGGGGGGCUGCGCCUGCCCCAGGGUGGCGUGUCCAUGGCCAUGCAGCAGGGCCUGUCCUUCAUGGGCCAGCAAGGCGUGGGGAGCGCUCCAGUGCCCAGCACCUCCAAUGCGUUCUUCACUGGGAACCCCGCGCUGCGCGGGCUGGGCGCAGAUGCCCGCCUCAUGCAGGAGAGGCAGCUCCAGAGGAUGCAGCUGGCCCAGAAGCUGCAGCAGCAGCAGAACAUGCUAGGACAAGUGUCACUGCAGCAGCAGCAGCCGGGGCUGAUGGGCCAGGCAUCGCUGCAGCAGUCGGGUGUGAUGGCACAAGCAUCGAUGCAGCAACAGGGCGUCAUGGCACAGGCAUCCAUGCAGCAGCCAGGAGUGAUGGGACAGGCAGGCAUGCAGCAACAGAGCGUCAUGGGCCAGGUGUCAAUGCAACAAGCGGGUGUCAUGGGACAGACCUCGAUGCAGCCACAGGGCAUGAUGGCCCAGACGUCGAUGCAACAGGCGGGUGUCAUGGGACAAGCUUCAAUGCAACAGGCGGGUGUGAUGGCACAGACAUCCCUGCAGCAGCCUGGCAUCAUGGGACAAGCAUCCAUGCAGCAGCCCAGUGCGAUGGGACAGGCAUCCAUGCAGCAGCCCGGCGUCAUGGGACAAACAGCCAUGGUGGGGCAGCCCGGCCUCCUGGGCCAGCAGCAGCCCGCCCCAGCCCCACAGCCGGGCACGGUGGGGCAGCCCAUGGUGCCGAAGCAGCCGGGGCUGAUGGGCAGCCAGCAGAGCCUGUUGGUGCAGCAGCUCUCCCCGCAGCAGCAGCCGGGUUUGCUGGGACACACGCAGGCCGCAGGGCUGCAGCACCAGGCAGUGCUGGGCCAGCCCCAGCGCCAGGUGCUGCUGGCCCCACACCAGCAGCGGGUGCUGGGCUCGCCCCAAGUGGCCCCGCAGACUCCGGGGAUUCUGAGCCACCGGCUCGUGCUGUCCCAGCAGCUGGGGCAGGCGCGGGCGCUGCUGGCCCCGCAGCAGCAGAACUCGGGGCUCCUGGGGCUGGGCCAGGGGCAACCCUCGAUCCAGCACUUUCCGCAGCACGGCGCGGGGGGCCAGGCCCCCUCCGUGCUGCACCUGAGUCAGGGAAUGCAGCCGGCGCCGGCGGUCCUGGCUGCGAAGGAGCAGCCCGGAGGGGCGGACGGCAGCGCCCUGCCCGAGGGCAGCGAGAGCGGAGCGCAGCUGCACGGGGAGCAGCCCGGAGCCCUCGGUGAGCCCCCGGCCCCCAAGCCGCAGGCUGAGCUGGGGCAGGGCCAGCAGCUCCUCUUGGCCUCGCCGCCGGCAGCGCUGCGGACGGGCUCCGUGCAGCCGGGUGCCCUGCUCACCGCAGCCCUGCAGAGCCCCGGCGCUGCCCACCCCGAGCAUGGGGACGCUGCUGGGGCGCUGGAGCUGCCGCUGGGCUGCGGGACGGGCCCGGCGCAGGGCUUGGUGCUGCCGCGAGCGCUGGAGCAGCCGGGCAAGGGGCAGCCGCGGCUCCAGAGCCCCAUGCAGCACAAAGCGGCGCCGGCACCGGGCUCGGCUGCGCUGCCCCCGGGGCUGCUGGGGCAGGUGCCGGGGCCCAUGAUGGGGCAGAUCCGGGCACAGCUGCAGGGGGUCCUGGCCAAGAACCCGCAGCUGCGGCACUUGACGCCGCAGCAGCAGCAGCAGCUCCAGGCGCUCCUGGUGCAGCGGCACCAGCAGAACCUGCUGCAGCAGAGCCAGGCGCUCCGGACCCCCGGCCCCUUCCCCGGGCAGGCCCCGGAAUACGGCUCCACUGCCCGGCAGCCGCCCCGCCUGCCAGGGCCCCUAUUCCAGCCCCGGCCAGGUGCCCCGGCAGAGCCUCAGCCGGGCCUUGAGCAGGGCCGGGCGCUGCCAGGGCAGCCCCCCCAGCAGCCGCUGGCAGAGCUGGUGCAGGCAGCGCUGGCUGCCCGCGGCCCCCAGCCCGGUGUCGUGCGGCUCCCCACACCACCGGCCCCCUCGCCCCUGGGCUGUGCCCCCCAGCACCUCACCAGCCCCGAGCAGAGCCCUCAAGAGCCAAAGAAGAUGUCGCCAGGGGUCCCUGCCUUGGCCCCCAGCCCCACAGCACCCAUGGAGCAGGGGUCGGCACCGAGCAGCACCAUCCCUGAGCCACAGCACGGACCCUGGGACCCUGAGGCGCCUGGUGCAGACUCCAGUGAGACCCGCAUCAAUGGGGCAGGGCCGGAGGGGCCCCCCGCAGCGGGUGAAGCCCCAGCAGUGCUGGUGAAGCAGGAGCCGAAGGAGGAGACGGUGGUGGUGGCGCAGUGCGAGCUGGAUGGAGAUGAAGCCCCAAAACCAGAGGCUAACGGGGACCCUGGGGCCAGCCAAGCCAACAGCCUCCUGGCCCCAGGCGGCCGCUCUGAGGCCGGGCACCUCCUGCUGCAGAAGCUGCUGCGAGCCAAGAACGUGCAGCUCUCGGCGCAGAGCCCAGGAGAGCUCAACGGGCACACGGAGAACCGGGGCAGCAGCAUGGAGCCGCGGGCACCACCGGUGCUGCUGGGCCGGGAGGACCCCACCAUCGCCAGGAAGCCGGUGCCCACCAAGCCCAAGCGGGUGCAGAAGGGCAACGAGCGGGUCCCAGCCUCCCGCAAGAAGCUGCGGAAGGACGAGGGGCUGCGGCCGGGGGAGGCCCUCAUGAGGCAGCUGAAGCAGGAGCUGUCGCUGCUGCCGCUGACGGAACCAACCAUCGCAGCCAACUUCAGCCUCUUCGCGCCCUUCGGCAGCAGCCCCAUCAAUGGCAAAAGUCAGCUCCACGGCGCCUUCGGCAGCGCCGUGCUCGACAGCGUGCCCGACUACUACUCCCAGCUGCUCACCAAGAACAACCUCAGCAACCCCCCCACGCCACCCUCCUCGCUGCCCCCCACGCCACCACCCUCUGUGCAGCAGAAGAUGGUGAACGGUGUCACGGCCCCAGAGGAGCUGGGGGAGCAGCCCAAGGACAGCGACCCGGCCCGUGAGCCCCAUGGCCACAAAGACACAGCAGCCGUGGAGGUGAAGAGCCUGGACCUGCUGGCAGCUCUGCCCACCCCUCCUCACAACCAGACCGAGGAUGUCAGGAUGGAAAGCGACGACGAGAGCGAUUCCCCCGACAGCAUCGUCCCGGCCUCGUCCCCUGAGAGCGUCCUGGGCGAGGAGCUGCUGCGCUUCCCCCUGCUCAGCGAGGCCAAGCCGGAGCUGGAGGAGCGGGUGCUGUCCCCCAUCAUCCCCAUCAUCCCCCGGGCCAGUAUCCCAGUGUUCCCCGACAUGAAGCCCUAUGAGGUCCCCGAGCCCUUUGGGGCCCCCCCUGGGAAGGUGGGUUCCCCAUGGGAGAAGGGUAAGAGCAGCGAGGUCUCUGUCAUGCUGACAGUGUCUGCAGCAGCUGCUAAGAACCUCAACGGGGUGAUGGUGGCCAUGGCUGAGCUGCUGAGCGUGAAGAUCCCCAGCUCCUAUGAGGUGCUGUUCCCCGACGGCGCCGUGCGAGCGGCCGUAGUCGAGGCCAAAAAGGCGGAGACGGACAUGGCUGGGGUGCUCGGUGCCAAGGAGAAGGUGGCGUUGGCUGGGAAGGUGCCAGACAGCAGCUCCGAGUGGCUGAAGCAAUUUGAUGCGGUGCUGCCUGGGUACAGCCUCAAGGGCGAGCUGGACCUCCUGACACUGCUCAGACAGGAGAGCCCAGUGCCCGAGAAGACGCUUCACCACUGCUACGUCAACAACGUCUCCAACCUGGACGUGCGGCAGCUCUCGGUGAUGCCGCAGGAGCCCUCUCCCCCACUGUCCCCCUCCGUCCCCUCCCCAUCCAGCCCCACUGAGGCCGCCCGGGUCCCUGACCCUGAGGCAGCCCCCGAGGCAGCCCCAGCCCCGCUGUCCCCACUGCCCCUGGCCCCAUCGCCAGCCCCCCAGGAGGAGGAUGGGGCCGUGGGUCUCCAGUCGCCGCCACGCUUCAAACCACGCUCGCGCCCACCCGAGGACGGGGACGAAGCGCGGCCACGGCUCAAGAAGUGGAAGGGGGUGAGGUGGAAACGGCUCCGCUUCCUCGUCACCAUCCAGAAAGGGGGGGCCAAGCGGGACGGGGACAAGGAGAUCGCAGAGUUCAUUGACAAGCUGGGCACCACGCUGCGCCCCGAGAAGGUGCCGCGGGACCUGCGCAAGUGCUGCUUCUGCCACGAGGAGGGCGACGGUGCCACGGACGGGCCCGCGCGUCUGCUCAACCUCGACCUGGACCUCUGGGUCCACCUCAACUGCGCCCUGUGGUCCACCGAGGUGUACGAGACGCAAGGAGGGGCCCUGAUCAACGUGGAGGUGGCUCUGCACCGCGGGCUGCUCACCAAGUGCUCGCUGUGCCAGAAAACCGGCGCCACCAACAGCUGCAACCGCAUCCGCUGCCCCAGCGUGUACCACUUCGCCUGCGCCAUCCGCGCCAAGUGCAUGUUCUUCAAGGACAAGACCAUGCUGUGCCCCGUGCACAAGCUGAAGGGCCCUUGUGAGCAGGAGCUGAGCAGCUUCACCGUGUUCCGCCGCGUGUACAUCGAGCGGGACGAGGUGAAGCAGAUCGCCAGCAUCAUCCAGCGCGGCGAGCGGCUCCACAUGUUCCGCGUCGGGGGCUUGGUGUUCCACGCCAUUGGGCAGCUCCUGCCGCACCAGAUGGCCGAUUUCCACAGCGUCACGGCCCUCUACCCCGUGGGCUACGAGGCCACGCGCAUCUACUGGAGCCUGCGAACCAACAACCGCCGCUGCUGCUACCGCUGCACCAUCUGCGAGAACAACGGGCGCCCCGAGUUCGUGGUGCAGGUCAUUGAGCAGGGCCUGGAGGAUCUGGUCUUUUCCGACUCCUCACCACAAGCCGUCUGGAACCGGAUCAUUGAGCCGGUGGCGAUGAUGAGGAAGGAAGCUGACAUGUUGCGCCUCUUCCCCGAGUACCUGAAGGGCGAGGAGCUCUUCGGCCUCACGGUGCACGCGGUGCUGCGCAUCGCCGAGUCGCUGCCCGGUGUCGAGAGCUGCCAGAACUAUCUGUUCCGCUACGGGCGGCACCCGCUGAUGGAGCUGCCGCUGAUGAUCAACCCCACCGGCUGUGCCCGCUCCGAGCCCAAGAUCCUCACCCACUACAAGCGGCCCCACACCCUCAACAGCACAAGCAUGUCUAAGGCCUACCAGAGCACGUUCACCGGCGAGACCAACACGCCCUACAGCAAACAGUUUGUGCACUCCAAGUCCUCCCAGUACCGGCGCCUGAAGACGGAGUGGAAGAACAACGUGUACCUGGCGCGCUCCCGCAUCCAGGGGCUGGGGCUCUAUGCGGCCAAGGACAUCGAGAAGCACACCAUGGUCAUCGAGUACAUCGGCACCAUCAUCCGCAACGAGGUGGCCAACCGGCGGGAGAAGAUCUAUGAGGAGCAGAACCGUGGCAUCUACAUGUUCCGCAUCAACAAUGAGCACGUCAUUGACGCCACACUGACAGGGGGCCCGGCCAGGUACAUCAACCACUCGUGCGCCCCAAACUGCGUGGCUGAAGUCGUGACCUUCGACAAGGAGGACAAGAUCAUCAUCAUCUCCAGCCGGCGCAUCCCCAAGGGGGAGGAGCUCACCUACGACUACCAGUUCGACUUCGAGGACGAUCAGCACAAGAUCCCCUGCCACUGUGGAGCCUGGAACUGUCGCAAGUGGAUGAACUAAGUGGGAUAAGAAGGAGCCGGGGGGGGGAGGGUGACCACAACGCCCCCCCCACCUCACCGCCACCUCGCCACGACCCAACCGGGGGCCACGGGAGGUGCCGGGGGGGCCGGGCCGCCGCCGGCCCUGCCUGCGCGGGACGCCCGGACGGACGCACGGACGCACGAACUGGCAACUCAGGGUUUUCUUUGCUUCGUCCUGCGAGGAAUCAAGUGUUUGUGUCGGGGGGGGGACCCCGGC